AUUAUGGUUCAAAAUCCAUUAAAAUGUAAAAGAAUAUUGUGUUCAACUUGAAAACUUUAUAACUUGUGUAUUCGGUGCUCGUGUGUUUCGUGUUUGAUAUACAUACAGAACGCAAAAGGAAAGGAACAAAAAUUGCAGAACAGAAAAACACUCUUAAAAAGUGCGCUUCCGUUUAGUUCCUGUUUUUUGGUUUCGUUUCUUUUUUUUUUCAUUCCACUGUAGUGCUGGACAUUGCAAAAGUUUUCAUUCAUUGGGAUUCCGUGAAGAACUGAGAUCGAAAACGUCUGUUUUUUUCUUUCGUUUAAUUCGUUCUAUUCAGUUGUGGCAUCCGGGUUUUGUGCAAAGUGUCCGUUUCAAUUGUUGAUAUCGAUGUGGUAGUUUCAGUGCAUUUAAGCGACGUUUUGGUUUUGCGGUGAUUUAUCAGAACGACAUGCACGUGAACUACUAGAGUCACCCAACGACCACCACCCAACCAUAGAGGGGGAUAAAAACAACCGUUAAAAGUAUUAAACAAGCAACGAAAUUUGAAUACAAAUAUCGAGGCAGAAAAAUUGAACGAAUUUACGAGCGGAGGAAAAGAGCCAAAAGCUACCAAACCGAAAUAACAACAACGGACUUGAGCAUAAAAAAAAUAACAUGAAAAAUGAAUAUUGCCAGUUUGUCAAAAUGACUGAAGUGAAUAUAUAUUGCGGUUAGGUUUAGUUUAUGUGCGACGAAAGAGAAGUAUUCAACUUUUACAGUUUUUCAUGGCAUUUAAUUCUAAUAAAUAAAUCGUUUACUUUGUUUUUGUAAGUUUGUUUUGUUUUUGUGCUGCUGUUGUGUUUUGCCAACGAAAUUUGAAUCAACACAACCCCAAAAAACACACACUCACACAUACCGAUAGACCGAAUCGCAUUUAGAAAAUAUGAAAACAUUUAUUUAGUUAAGUGAAUUGUGUCUAAUUUUCUUUAUCUGCAAUUUUUCAAAGUCGAAUGAAAAUCGGGUGUCUUCGAACGAAAACUUUUUGGUGAAAACUACAUUUGGCCGCAUAUUCGUUAUUCCCUUGACAAAAUUGUAUGUGCUUUUUGUUUCGUUUUGGAGAUUGACACGAAAGACAUUUACCGUUAAAUUCCUAUUUAUUCAAACAUAAAAAAUUCAUUUCUUUCCUUUUGACUGAUUGGCCGGUGAAGAAUAGGAAAAAAAAAUUAGGUAUUUUGUAAAACGAAAAAAAAUAAUCGGCCGAAACAACAACAAUUCACGCGUUGAAAACGUUUUAAAAGUGACAGUGAUAAGGGAUAUAAACCUGAUUCAGGACCGACAGUGGUGCACGGUUAUUUUUUCUUUCUAUUCUUGUAUCUGUUCUCGUGAGUGCGACAUCGAUGACGACGAUUCAUUGUUUCCCCCCUUUUUCAAACGUAUAAUAAGUUGAAAUCGGUGGAAUGCAUGGUGAAUACAACGAGAGAAAAAACAUUUCCAAACGAUUUCCAUUACAACGUGAACAAACGUAAAAAUUGACCGAAUGAAAUAAAGAGGACAGUUUAGUUGCUUUUACUUGUCUGACGGGCCGCGAUAAAUAUUUAAAAAGAAACGAAAAUUUUAUAGUACCGUCGUCGGUCGCUCACGAAAGAGGGACACACAUACAUUGACAACAUCGAAACAACACUAAAAUUCAGAACAUUAAAACGAAAUAAGCAUAAACGUUGAAAACGAACUAAUUGCAUCGCACCGAGGUGAUUUUAUAUCACCAUACAAAGCGUCGCACAGCCAGUGGCGAAGCAUCAGAAAAUUUCGUAUUCCAAUUGAGAGCUUGUUGCGCGUCAGCCGCUGAAGCGACGUGUUCGUGUCAGAAACAUGUACAAAACCAUCACCAUGAACAUGUUUUACCUUGAAGGAUUUAUUUAUUUAUGGAUGUUUGCAUCAUUUCUAACGGGUUGUUAUGGGUUGCAGCGAUUUGCCGAGCAGCCAAAGUACACAGAAGUGAAUCCGGGCGAGGAUGCGCUGCUCACAUGUAAAAUCAUAGACAAACGGGGCGGUUGCUCAUGGCAAAAGGAUAAUAAGCCAGUGGGAAUUUAUCCGAAAAAGUAUGAAUGGGCGGGAACAACAUCUUACGGUAUGCCAGGAAUACCAUCCCAGCAUAUCGGCGGCGAUUGUUCACUAUGGAUUCGAGCAGCAACAAUUGACUUUGAUGAUGGUGCCUGGGAAUGCCAAGUGACUGCAAGCGAUUUCACGACUCAAGAUGCUCUAACCAGUCAACCAGUUCAACUUGUUGUGCGAGCUGCACCACAACGACCAAAAAUCGAACACGAAGGCCUUCAAGUACCACCUGGCCAUAAUGUAACUGUUGAUUCGAAAGCGGUGGCCACCGUUAGCUGUGUUUCCCACUACGGCAAUCCCCCAGCAAAAAUUAAGUGGUUGUUGGGCGAUCAAGAAUUACAGCCGCUCCAUACUCAAACAAAUAAACGUGAAACAGGUAAUAAUCGAACGUGGUCAGCCACAUCGAUUGUUCAAAUUCCAGCGACUCGAGAGCGUCAUGGUGAAACCAUAAAAUGUGUUGCGCUCCAUGAAUCAUAUGCAGCCAAAUCGUUAUCGGUGGACGCAAAAUUGGAUGUCAAAUAUCCGCCCACGGUUCGAUUACUCGGCGCACCACAAAUCGAUCUCGAAGAAGGUAAAGACUCGUUAGUUUUGCGUUGCGAAGCCGAUGCAAAUCCACCGGCCAGCAUCGUGUGGAAACGUGCCGGACGAUCCGAAAUAGCUAGUUUACAAGAAACGUUACAACUGAGACCAGUCGGACGACGUGAUGCCGGUUUGUAUACGUGUCAAGCACAGAACUCAGUUGGAAGCUCGGAACAAUUAUCUGUUCAAUUGGAUAUUAAAUAUGCACCGAAAAUCAUAUCGGCCGGACCAGAUCGUUUAACAACUGCACCGCUCUACAGUCCCGCGGCGUUCGAAUGCGUUGCAGAGGCGAAUCCACCAGCUACAUUCAAAUGGUAUCAACGUAUGAAGUCUGGUUACUUGGAACGAGGUCAUGAAUCACGUUUGGUCAUUGACAAUGUAACUUACGACUAUCAGGGUGAAUACGAGUGCCGAGCAACGAAUUACAUCAACGGUCAAGAGAGGACAGUGGCCUCUGAACCCGUGAGUCUGCAAGUAGUCGGUGCACCCCAAGUAUUGCGUUCGCAUCCAUCUUCACACACAGUAUCCGUUCGAAAAGGCGAAGAAGCAAUGUUAACGCUAAUCGUUUGUGCCGAUCCAAGACCACGACACGUGGCCUGGGAAUGGGGUUCAUUGCGAUUAGAAGCCGGUGCUGGAUUCGAGCGAUAUCAUGUCGAUGAGCUAUCGCAAGAUUCGCGAGAAGAUUGCUAUUUAGCCACAUUGCAUAUUGAUAAGGCCGAUAUUCAUGAUUCGCGACCAUACUAUUUGGUCGUUGAAAAUGAACGAGGUAUCGAUCGACACGCAAUUAAUUUGGUCGUCGAGGGUAUGUUCACAGAUCCAAUGGAAAUGAGCUAUUUGCUUGGGAUUGCCGGAGGAUGCCUGACAGCUGUAUUGCUUUUCGUUUGCUUGUGCAUCUAUGCGAUUCGAGCGAGGAAAUGUUGCUUCAAAGGUCGAGGAAACUUUAAAUCCAGCGACAAAGACAGUGAAAAGGCUGACUUGAAAUCACGUUCGGAUAGCAUUGGCAUUGGCGUUGGACCGCCACAUUUAGACUCGAUAUAUACGACACCGUCUGGAUUCCACCAUCAUGCCCAUCAUCAUUCGCAGGGCUCACCAGAAGCAAUGAAGGCAAUGCCAGUUCUUCGUACAUUUGGGACCCAUGUAAACCACGUAGUGUAGCAGAAACGUGAACCUAUUUACCACCACCACCCGUCAAAUCACUCCAAUCAAAUUAGUCAUAGUAAUAGUAAUCUAACCACCACUGCCAGCAUUAAUCAAAGCACUGCGAAUAACCAAUAUGUGUCGAUGAAAAAAUUCUCAUCGUCGGCAUCGCUAUCGAACAAUAACAAUUGUAAUUCGAACAGUAGUAGUAAUAAUGCAAAAAUCACAAGCAAAUUGAUUGCAAAUCAAAUCACAAACGAUAUAAUCAAACCGAAAGCGAUUAGUGCGGCCGAAGCAAAGCUCAAGAAUACCAAUAAAAAUUAUGCCAAAACGUCGUCGUCGACCGAUUCUGGCAAAAGCGGUGGCUAUCAUAAGAUGUACAAUCGUCAAGAGAUCGCUGAUUCGAGCGACUAUUCGAUGCGUUUGAAUCAGCCAAGCACGUCCAUUGACAUGCUGAGUUGCGUCAGCACAAAUAGUAGUUCGGACAGCAGUUCGACCUUGAAUGUUUGCGAUUAUUUGCCAAAUGAGGCGGCGACGGCGACAUCGUCAACGGCAUCGGCGGUGGCGGCAAUGGCGAUUUCGGCCAAUUGUAGGAAAAAACCCGUUGUCAAUGAUUAUGCGACGGCCGACUAUGUAAUGCAUCGGCCAAAAUCGUCACAAUCGCAACACAAUGCAUAUAAAUCGCCGGCCGACAAGAAGCAACAUCGUAAACACCAUUCUGCACAGGGCAUUCGUUCGCAACAGCACACGGCCUCCGGUCCGAUUUAUGCAAAAAAACACCAGCACACUAAAAAACCCACAACACACCACCACAAUCACACACACAAACAGACUGCAGCACAAAACACACCACACAGUUUGCACAUGUCAUCGCCCGAUCCCCCAUCGCCGCCACCACUCAGGCUACAACCUACUGCCAAAAAAGAUAGACACAGCUAAUUUAUUUUCGAUCGAACAAUUUUUCGGUGGCUUUCGAUGUAGUUUCGAACAUUUCCAAAUUUUCCCCGAUGUAGCAGACGCGGUUAGUUUUAGCAGAAUAAAAAAAAAUCAAACGAAGCGUACGCCAAGCCAAAACUAUUAUAAUCGUGUGUGAUCAACAUUUAUUAUUCAACGGUCAGAAAGACAAACGAAUCAAAUGCUUUGGUUGUGAACACUCACACAAACACACGAACACACAUUCAAACACGAACAUUUGCAUAGAGAUUAUUCACGUAUUUUAAAUUUAGGAUGAAAAUUGCGACUUUUUCGUUAAUUCAGGAGAGCAGGAACAUGACUAACAAAAUAUUCGCUUUUCAUUGGAAAUUAGUCACAUUCAAAUUGCCAAAUUUCGCUCUUGUUCCUGUCUCCUCAAUCGUUGGAUUUCAGAACAAAAAAACAACAACCAUGUAAAAGAGAACAAUUUCAGAAAUUAUUUCGUAAUUCAUAUAUAUAUAUAUUAACUAUAAGGAUGUAAAAAGAAACGCUGUAUUUAACAAAACCGCUAUCGUAAUUCUGUUCUUUUCAAUUUUUAUGUUGAUGAUUUACUUAAACACACUAAUACACACACACAAACACAUACACACACAUAUUGAAUAUUCAUGCUCAUAGAAAUUCAUUGUAAAAAGAAGCGAAAAGCGACACACUAACCAAAUUUAAUGAAAAUCAACAACAACAACAACAACACCAACCACAAAACCAGCACACAUCAUAAUCUCUAUUCAUCUACACGAAACCCCUCCACAAUUUCACACCCACAAUGUUACAUUCUGUAUAAAAGACCAUGUUAAAACCAUUUUCACACUCAUAUUUUCCCUUUAUAUUUCUGUCUUUAUCACUAACCACACUCGACAUUCAGAUAUUUUUUUUUGCUUUUAUUCUUUUUGAAACAUUCGUUCGUUUGGUUGAUUUUGUUUUUCUUCUUCUUGGCCCUUUUUUUAUAAAGUGAACUUCGUUUGUGGACUCGUUCUUCUUGUUACUUCUCGAUUUUUAGUUUGUUACGUUUCCAUUUUCUUUUUCAAUAUGAACUCGAUCUUCUUUCUUUCUUUCUUUCUUUCUCGCUGUAUAAAUUACAUUGAUCAAGCAUUUUCCUCUUUAUUUCGUUCUUCUUUAACAAUAUCAUGAACUUCUUGUUCUAUAUUUGUAAGACUGAAACUGUAUUUAUUUUAUUGUGCUUCGUUCGCGUAAGAGUCUCCAUUUAGAUUUUCAGUUCGCUUAUUUUAAUUGCGUUCCAAUACUGUUAACUCUAUCAUUCAUUUUUGUACAUACACGAAACGAAAUUCGAUCCUUUUUUUCAAUUUAUAUAGAUUUUUUUUUUCUGCCGUUGUACAGAACAGAAUUAAUUCAUUUUAUUGGAAAUUUUGGUUCUUCCGCCUUCUACGAAAUAUGCGAUUGAAUCGAAUAGAAAAAAAAAUGAAAAUGUUUCAUUUAAUAAAUGUUUUAAUGGGAAGUUCUGUUUUUUUUUUCUUCAAAGAACCAAGCAUUAAAUGUUAGCAAAAGUUUUCUAUUCAUUUUUCCAGCAGAGCCAAGAGACUCGCAUCGCUAUUUAUAUUGAGCUCAGGAUAUUUCAAGUAUUUUCAUAAAGUAACAACAAAUUCGAAUAAUUGAAAACAUCAAGCGAUAAAGUUGAUCGAAAGCUCCACUGUUCGAGUUGAGUGAAAAGUUUUGAAUUUCUUUUACCUCAAUUACGAGCUGACUUUUGCACUUAUUUCACUUCCAUCUGCUCCAAAUCAUCCAUCAGCCAUCAUGUGCGCUGUGCAUCGAAGUUGAAGACAGAGUUUUUGAUAUUUGAUGGUUUAAUGAACAGAUAAUCAAAAUCGACUCCUUUUGCAAUGUCAGAGAAUUUAAAAACUAUGUCCGUUUAACUGAAAUUGCUCCAGGCAUACAUAAUAAUGUGUAUACAGCAAUACGAUGCAACCAUUAGGGAUGGAUGUCGGUUUCUUUUUAGUUCAUUUCACAAAAGUUUUAGCAUUAUCUCAGUUUAAUGCAAACUUGCAGAUGUUUUCGUUCGAUAUUUCAUCGAACUUUUUAAUUUUUUUUUCGUUGGUAACUAUUCGAUUGUUAUCCUUUUUAAAUUGGUGAGCUUGCAUUGGAUAUGCUGCAGCACGUAUUAAUAAUUUCGAUAAAACAUUUUUUUUUGCCAUCAAUCAAGAUUGGAUUACAGUUGGAAUGAAGCGGACGAACCAAAAUCAAUAGUGAUUUCCAUCUCAAAAAUGCUAAUGAAUAAUAAGAAAAGAAUGUGAAACGAAGAAGAAAAUGCAGAAACAUAUUUUGGAGAAGAAACAAAACGAAAAAAAACACACCAGAAAAACAAAAUCAAGAAAACAAAAAA